AUGGCCGCCGCCGCGUCUUCCGUCUCCUUCCGCGCCGCGGUCGCGCCGCGCGCGGUGUCCUCCUCCCGCGCGCGCGUCGCCGCCGCGCGCCGCGUCGCGACGACGACGCGGGCGGCCGCCCCGACGGUAUCCGUGCCGGACGUCAAGGACCACCUCGACCGCGGCUUCGUCCUCGUCGACAUCCGCGACCCGGACGAGUGCCGCGAGAGCGGCUACAAGUCGUCCUGGAAAAACAUCGUCCUCGCGGCGAUGGACGAGGACGGUACCAUCCACAUGAACCCGAACUUCCUCGCGCAGAUCCGUCAGGAGUUCCCGAACACCAUGUCCAGGAUGAUCAUCGCGUGCGACGACGGGACGUUCCGUUCGAACAAAGCCGCGGAUGCCAUCAUGUCCAAGCUGGGUCACACGAACGUCAAGGUGCUCGAGGGCGGCAUCGACGCGUACCUGAAGGCGUUCCCGAUCGACAAGAGCGCGAACAAGUGGAACGCGCGGCCGGAGAUUGGUCAGGACCUGUCCACGCUCGUGUCCGGCGUCGACACGCGCCAGGCGGGGCAGAUUUACUACUGA